AAGUUAAUUUAGCAUUCGUUCGCUAGUUUUUGAAUAACUUAAAAAUCUGAAUCAUCAUCAACAUUGCACUGAUAACUUUAGUUUUGAUAACAGCGAAUAUUUCGUUCAACAAGGUAUCAUCGAAGCUUUCCGCCAAAAUAAUAAAAAAAAUCCAUAAAAACACAGUACUGAACAUGGCAAUAGCUCGUUGGCUCUUGGAUCGUGAAAAAAAAGCUAUGAUGACUUGACGUCACUCACACUUCCUGAUCACUCGUGCACAAAAGAAUGGCACUCAUCGCAUAGAAAUAUUAGUCCAGCCGUUAAGUAGAAAAUUGUAUAUUGUUUUUAUCCGUAUUAUACUAUAGAAUUUGUUGUAAGAUUUUCGUGUAUUAUAAUAUUCGGUUAUUUGUGCCGGAUAUUUUUUGUGCUAAUAGUAUUAUGUAAUUCCAUUUAUGUAAAGUUUUAUACAUAAAAAUAACUCAUAUACAACAGAAGAUAUUACUGGUUUUUCAUUGCAAGGGCUAAUUUCUCAUUAAAUACAAAAUUUCGAGUGGAAUCUUCUUUGUUCAAAAAUUCUGUGGAAUAUUCGGUUUGAAAUUUACAAAAAAAAUACAAAGAGAAUUGGCUCCGGUCAGAACUCUAUAGAAAAAUAUAAAAUAUUCGUACACAAAUAUUGAAAUAUUAUAGAGGAAAACCCUUGCAGAAUAUUUGUAUACAUUCCAUACUAACAAUGUCAAAAAGACCUUUCUAGACGCCCACCCAGUGAAAAGGGAAAAAUCAUUGAGAUGGAGACUCGUAGGCACCUUCCAGUGAUGAUGAUCAUCAUCUUCAUGGUGACCCCUGUGGUGAUUUGUGACACUAUGAUCUCAACGCUGGGAGUCUCUGUCAUACAAUGGGCUAUUGAAAUUUGGAACAUCAUUAGCACCGGUGGUCCAUCGUCAUCUGAGAUAUGGUGGUGCCCCGGAGUACGAAAAUUCAUGACCAUUUUCUUCCAGAAGAGUGCAAUUGAGCUUUUAUCAGUGUGUAAAUCGCUCCGUAGGACCGACCAUUAUGCGCUAAUACGCAUGGAUUAUGAUAUCCGUAAACUUGAUUCUGGCUUCAGUAAUAUUUUAGGCGGUGCAAUCGGUGUCUUCUGGGCUGCUAGAACGGAAAUUAAUAUGUUUUACAAAGAGUUCGAGUCCGCUAUACAAGAGAAAGAUUUUGAUGCUCAACAAUUGUGCGGCUGGGCCAUGGGGAUCGUUCGAGAUGAGCUCGUAACAACAUUAGUGGAGCGCAUUUAUGAUGGUCUAAAACUUGAACACAAGGAUAAUGACUUAAUGGGGGCUUUUAUGGAUCAUUUUGAGCUAGAAGAAGUUGACUCGCCAGUAUGUCAUCGAGAAUAUUCGUCAUGGGAUCGUCUUAAGGCAAUCUACGAUUUGAUCGUAGUGACAGAGAUGAAAGCAUAUCUUCUAGAGGUCUACGCUCAUCAUCUACUGUAUGCAUACAAUGGCGAAGGGUCUUGCGUAUAUAGGUAUGAUAGUUCAAUAAACCAAGUGCGACGCCUGCAUCAGAGACUUCGAACCCACAUUAAGUCCUACAGCAUGAUGAUGAACCAAGCGAUGAUGGAUACAUCGAGAGAAUUUCAACUUUGUAGCGAUGACUCUUUCAUACGCGGAAAAAGGCAUGAUGUUACAUGCAACGCCAUGAACGGAGAUAAGGGGCUGCCAAUGUAUUGUUCGAAAAGAUGGAAUACUUGCUCGAGCCCCAUUAGAAGCCCUUGUUUUGGUAGAAUUACUGAUUGUAAGGAAAUACCGGGAAUAGUAUCAGCAUGUGCAGCGAAACAAAGUCCUCAGCGUUAUGAAUGGAUCCACACAGCCCCUUCUGAUGAGGAUACUUGCGAGUCCGGGUUGGUGUAUCAAUUGAAGGAACCGUGCUUCUGUACGUGCAUAGACAAUGAUGUUGAGUCUCGUUCAACGCAUAUAUUCAACUUGCAACCAGUUGAGGCUGAUGUACAUAACAACAUGGCAGUUACCGGGGUACGAUUUAUCGUACAAAAUGGAAUUAUGCAGUUUCAAAUCGAGCAAGCAUUGGUGACCAGGGAUGGAAGAAUUACAGGACAACCUGAGUGGAAACCGAUCGUUGAUAUAAGUGCCGAUAUCGAUGCAGCGAGACGGAAGAAAACGUUACGAGGGCAGUCACCUCAAGUUGUUCCUGAGAUAGAUUACCUAAUUAUUGAGCAAAAUAUAGCCAUACAUUUCGAUGAAUUAGCAGUCAGAGUGAAUCAACUUCUUACCGGAGUGAAAUUCCAUUACAAUAAUGCGGAAAGAGCAGUACAUAUUGGUAUAUUAUCUCGACCAUUCGAUGCUAAAUCCGGAAAUUACACUGUCGUUGAUAAUCCAAUCAUCAUCCUUCCCACGAGUAGAGAGAGACGAGUUAUGGACUUCCACUCACAAAUGGGAGACCAAAGGCAGCUGAUUAAUCAUAUCAAAACCCUGGAUAAUUCGGCCUUGAUCACUUCAUCGGGCGAGGAUACCUGGGGACAAAAGACAUUGCCAUAUUUUGAUGCAAGACCUAUCUCCUUUAACCCGCGGACAGCCCUGGGAGGGCUCGGAAUAUUUCAUGAGCACGUGGGUAACAUCACUGGAACCAUUAGAAUAAAGUUGGUUUCGAUGAACCAUUUCAGUUUCAUGAUGAUCACCUUGAAGGAUAACGAUUUCGAUGCGGAAAUCUAACUAUAUCUUACUAUAAAAAAAACCUCGAGAUAAAUCAGGAAGAGGAAUGAUUUAUCUCGAGUUUCGGCGUAUUUUUUUAUAUCCAUUUUAUUAUGUUUGUCGUGGAGAGAAAUUAUACAGGGUGUCCCAAAAUUGAACGUCCAGACUUUAAACUUAAGUUGGGGGUGAAAUUCUGGAACGAAAAUCCUGAGCGACUUUUUGAUCAGACGCACCCCCUUCAACUUAUUCAAGGUUGAAGUUGGACGAAUCAGGAGUGUGGAAUACCCGCUCGCACGACGCUGAGGAAAACGUUCGCGUGUGGUGGUGUCCCCACCAUACGGUACCACUCCCCUGCGGCGGCAGAAAGGUAUGACUGGCGGCGGUCUGUAAGAAGAAGGGGAGGGAAAUGAAAAAAAUGAACACCCAAAAAAAAAAAUCAUCAGCGAUUGAUCAUUUUUUUUCUCCUUCGCUGAAAGAAAAAAUGAAAAUCUCAUACAGGGCCAAUGGGGCUUUAGAAAAUUAAAUCGCCGGGUUUUUUUUCCAGCGCUGUAAUUUUCAACGCUGUGUUUUUCUCCUUUUCGAUUAGAUUAAGAGAUUUAAGAGAAUGCCCUUGGUUUCAUCUCUUGGCAUUAAUUAGGGGAGGAGUAAAUAAUUUUUAUGUAGCGGACGGGUGUUAAUUUUUUUCAUUUCCCUCUUCUUCCUCUUACCGGCCGCCGUCAGUCAUCUCUUUCUGCCGCCGCAGGGGAGUAGUGCCGUAUGGUGGGGACACCACCACACGCGAACGUUUUCCUCACCGUCGUGCGAGCGGUUAUCCCACGCCCCUGAUUCGUCCAACUUCAACCCUGAAUAAGUUGAAGGGGGUGCGUCUGAUCAAAAAGUCGCUCAGGACUUUUCGAUUCAGAAUUUCACCCCCAACUUAAGUUUAAAGUCUGGACGUUCAAUUCUGGGACACCCUGUAUACUCUCAUCAAUUUGAUUGAAUCGAUACAUUAAUAACUUUCACACUAUUAUGGAUUAUAUAUGGAAAUUUAUGUCCUUUAAUGUUGAAUAAAAACCAGUAAGACUACUAAACAA